AUGGGUUGUAUAUGUGCAACUGUGCCAAGAAAAAACUAAAUUAGGCCGAUGAAAACAAGAAAUAAGGAUUUGGUGUUUACUUCAACUGAAGACAUUUCUAAAAUCUAUGUUCUUGGAAAAGUCUUAGGAGUAGGAUCGUUUGGAAAGGUAAUAGCAGCUAAAAUGAGGAGUAAUCCUAUGAAAUAAUAUGCAAUCAAAAUUAUUGAGAAAAAAAAAGUCAAAGGCAGAGAAGACAUUUUGGCUAAUGAAAUAUUUAUUUUGUAGAAGUUGGAUCAUCCCAACAUAAUCAAAUUUCACGAGGUUUAUCAGAAUAGAAUGAACUUCUAUAUUUGUAUGGAUUAUUGUAAAGGGGGAGAACUAGUAGAGUGGAUUCCAAAGCGAUAUAAAAAUUUUCAUGAAAGAAACAUCAAGGAAAUAAUGAAGAAGAUCAUAUCUGCCGUAGCAUACAUUCAUGGUCAAGGGAUAGUGCAUAGAGAUAUUAAGGCUGAAAAUAUUAUGAUAGCAAAUAAGAAGGAUGAUGCUGAACCAAAAUUAAUUGACUUUGGAUUAGCAAAUAAAUUCGAUACAUCAAAGCUACGUCGUUUAAAAUCAUUUGUUGGAACCCCUAUGUACAUGGCUCCAGAGGUAAUUCAAGGGAAGUAUGAUGAAAAAUGUGAUAUCUGGUCUCUUGGUGUUCUAUUAUUUACAUUACUCUCAGGUCACAUGCCUUUUCACGGAGAAUCAAAAGAAGAACUAUACGAUAACAUUUAAAGGGCUAACAUUACCUUCACAUAUAAUGCUUGGAAGAAUGUGAGUGAUGAUGCCAAAGAUAUAGUAAGAAGAAUGUUGCAGAAGAAUCCAAACCUAAGACCGUCAGCAAUAACUUUAUUAAAACAAGAGUGGUUUACAAAGUUGGAAGUUUUUGAGGAAAAACAAACACUGGACCAUCAAAUUUCCCAAAAAGGUUAAGCCUCCCCUUCAAAUUCUAAUUCUGAUAACAGAUCUAUAUAUUAGAUGCUGAAACAAACAGCUUAAAAAGGGGGAAGUAAAUUUCGAAAAGAAGUAAUGACAAUUUUAGUGAAAUAAUUAAAUGAAUAAGAAUUGAGUAAUCUAAUAGAAAAAUUCAAAUAAAUAGAUGUUGAUAAUUCAGGAACAAUUACUAUAUUCGAAUUAAGAUAGGCACUUAUCGCAGAGGGUUCACCUGCAUCGAUUGAUGAAAUUGAAAGAUUGGUUGAGAAUAUUUCACCAAAGAAUGCUUUAGAUGUGAAGAAACGAUCUAGACCUUCGGUUGAGUUAAAAUACAGUGAAUUUUUGGCGUCUUGCAUUGAUGAGAGGAAGUUUUUGACUAGAGAAAAAUUAUGGUCCUUAUUUAAAUUUUUUGAUACAGAUAAUUCGAAUUACAUCACGAAAGAUGAUAUCAAGGAGGCUUUUGCAAGAAAUGCAAAGUCAUUCACAGAUGAGUAAAUUGAAGAGAUGAUUUAUGAAAUUGAUCCUAAUCAUGACAACAAAAUUAGUUUUGAUGAGUUCUGUCAAAUGUUUGAUAAUGCUGGAAUCUAUUAGAAAUUAGAUGAUGAUGAUGAAGUAAUUGAAACAUGA